CGCUCAGAUCCUUGGUCUGACUCCUUCCUUGUCGUCCCCACCUGCCGCUGUCAUCGACAUUCCAUCCCACUGCAUCGUCGCAAAAGCCCUUACUCCACCCGCAACACCGAGACGCAGGACAGCCAGACACGCCUGCCGACGCAUCGCAUCCGUCCUGCCAUCAGCACAGCAGUCUACGUCGCAGUAGAUCUUGGACGCCAGAUCAGAGUGAUAUCGAACCGAUUCACAAAAGCCCAACAUGCCUAGGGUUGUGCCUUUCAACGACGCAAUCGAUCCCCCAUCUCCACGCCUUUACCCAUUUUCAUCAUGUCCCGAUACCGAUGACUCCCAAAUGCAUUCGCAGUCACACCAUCAGUAUUUCUCACCACCCAUGAUACCCAUGACAACAGCACCAAGCACGGCCGAUGUUAUCGAAGGAACGGGACCGGCCGUAUUGUCCCCGGAGAGUCAAUCGGAGGUGAACCGUGAUGUGGAUAUGGAUCAUGGAUCCGAACGCAUGCGAGACGACCGCCGGGACGCAGAUGAGGCCCACAAGCAGCGGCCCGAGAUUAACGACGAAACUUCCGUGGCCGUUAGUGACCCCGCACGUUCUAUCCAUGUCGAACAACGUAACCGCACUAUUACGGCGAACAGAGUGCCGACUAGCACGUCGAAUAUAAGGCCAUUAAGGUCAUAUGGGGUGAGCGAUGGACAUAGGAAUCGGAAACAAGGCGACGAGCUUCUUGCGCCGAACACUACAAGUCUUGGUGAAGUAGAAGAAGUCGACUUGACUGGCAAUGACACACCUUGGAUGCACGACUAUGGACUCGCAGGGCUCAGCUACGAGUACUGCCAGACAAGAUUGACACCGUCCACGCCGUCAUCCUAUCUUCGCCCAGGCAGUAAAUUUUCGGGGAUGCAAAAGUCGGAGAGAUCACGUUAUGACGUGGAGGUGGAAAUCAAGCAGGUUGAUCUCCGCGAGUCCUUCUUGUGCGGCUAUCUGCGGAUUCAGGGUCUUACUGAUACCCACCCGACAUUGACGACAUAUUUUGAAGGCGAAAUCAUUGGCCCACAUUAUAGCUUCCUCACUCAACACCCACAAUGGGGAGCAAACGACAGGAUCGAUAUCUCGCAUUGGAGCAAGUUUCUCGCGUUCAAACCUUACGCCAAGGUCGCUAAAAGGGGCGGCGUCCACAUUAGGGAUGUGGCACAGAAAGAUAACAUCUUCAUGCGAUGGAAGGAGCAGUUUCUGGUCCCGAACCACCGUGUUAAAGCCAUCGACGGGGCUAGUUUUGAAGGCUUCUACUACAUCUGCUUCAACCAGAUCCACGGGAGAAUUCAAGGAAUCUACUUUCACAGCAAGAGCGAAAAGUUCCAACAAUUAGAUCUGCAUCACGUCGAAGACAAAGGGUGCUUUGGCGCAAUGGAGUUUAGAUGAGACGACGCAGGGACGUCACAUCGGAAGGGCGGCAAAAUUCCGCGGCCUUGACAGGGCUGAAAUUCGACCCAGGCCCUCGGGAAUAUGGUCCUAGGGACAUGAUCCCAAGACAUAAUUAAGCCCAGACAAAAGGUGGUUUUGGG